AUGGGGAUAAUUACUGAAAUUGACCGCGAUUAUAAACUGUACAAUAAAUUGCCAGCUCGUUACCAAAAUAUUAUAGACGAGAGCAUCAAGAACAACUUAAUUUAUAGCGAAAGAGGUUGGAUAGCCACUGUGCUAUCUGUCGUCCUAAUGUUCCCCAUCAUGGCUACUGUCUUAACAGUCUACAGUCACUUAUUCCAGUCUGAACCUCAAAGGGUCAUGGUGCACGAUGUUAGGACCCCAUAUGGAGACGAUAAUGAUAGAUUUAACUCGCCAUACUACGAAUUAAUGUUUAUCUAUAUGUUGUAUUGCUGUCUUUUAUAUAUCAUGAACUUUAUCGGGUACGAUGGAUUCUUUGGUUUAUCGGUCAAUCACGCUUGCUUGAAAAUGAAGAUUUAUUGCAAGAUGUUCGAAGACGCGCUUAGAGGAGACGAAUGCGGUCUACAUAGACGGAUUGUCGAAGUGAUCAAGGAACAGAACAGGCUAUUUAAGUUGGUUAUUAUUAUAGAAGUGUAG